GACGUAGAUUUCAUACAGUUUGGUCGCCGUGGCGCAACGGCGUGGUUCUAAAUUCAAAAUACAUGUUCCUUCAACAUUUUUAAGUUGAUUUUCUAGUUUGUAUUGAAACAAAAUGGCGGUUGUGUUGUGUUUGUUGUUAAUUUUUGCUUUAAUGGCGCCGAGUUUGGACGGCCAGAUAUUGGGCGGGCCGAUGCAUGGAAAAGCGGUGGUCUGCUACGUCGCGAGCUGGGCAGCCUACAGGCCCAACGAUGGGCAGUUCACCCUGGAUAACCUGCAACCAGCGCUCUGCACCCAUUUGGUGUACUCGUUCGCCGGACUCAACGAAACCACAUUCACCAUUAAAAGCUUGGACCCAUGGCAAGAUUUAGAAAAGGAUUACGGCAAGGCCGGCUACAAACGUAUCGUGGCUUUGAAGGAACGCUACCCUCAUUUGAAGGUGACCAUAGCUAUAGGAGGCUGGAAUGAGGGUUCGGAACGUUAUUCCAAAAUGGCAUCCAGCCCAGAAACUAGAAAGACUUUUAUAAACAGCGUCAUGAUUUUUUUGAAUCAGUACAAGUUCGACGGCUUGGACCUUGAUUGGGAGUAUCCGAGCAAGAGGGGCGGAAAGCCGGAUGACAAGGCGAACUACGUAUCCCUUGUUAAGGAACUCAAAGAAGCUUUCGAGCCCAAAAGCUUGAUACUAACAGCAGCCCUUGGAGCUGGCAAGGAGACGAUGGAGUCAGCUUAUGACCUGAGCAAACUGAGUCGUUACUUAGAUUUGAUUCAUAUGAUGUGCUAUGAUUACCACGGAACCUGGGACGGAGUGGUCGGUCCGAACGCUCCAUUGAGGGGACUGGAUAAUGAAGACGUUCUAAGCGUGGAGUAUACAGUCAAAUACAUGAUCUCUCAAGGCGUGUCACCCUACAAGUUGGUCCUUGGACUCCCAAUGUACGGGCGCACGUUCGUGCUCAAUGACGCUUCAACGAAACGUCUUCAGUUCGGCGUCACUCCCGUGGAGAGUGCAGGAUUCAAAGGACCUUAUACAAGAGAAGCUGGUUUCAUGGGAUACAAUGAGAUCUGCGCAGAGGUUUCGAAUAAAUCAUCGCCGUGGGAGUACCACUGGCACGAGGGGAGCGCCACAGCAUACCUACGCGAUGGAGCCAGAGUCAUCUCCUACGAUGAUCCCAGAGCUAUAGCAGCUAAAGUGAAGUUCGCCGUAGAUAAUAACUUAGGCGGUCUCAUGGUCUGGAGUAUAGACACGGACGACUUCCGAGGUCACUGCGGAAUCGACGACAGGACCUUCAAGGACUUCACAGACCGCUACAACAGGAUGGUCAACGAUCCCUUACUUCAGGAGGCUUUGAAAACCUUGAAACUGGGCGACGAGGCCCGGAACCUCCACCGCGGCACGGCCUACUCCCUGACCGACGGCAGGCUGGAGCUCCGCCUGCCCCAGCCCCAACUCAGCAACUACCAGCUGAUGCAGACCGUCAACGCCGCGACCACCCUCGCUCUCGAGGAGAAGCGGAUCCUCGACGAAAUGUCACGCGUCAACAGAGACAACGAGAUAGUUCAAACUCUGAGCGGAUGCUCCCGACCGGAGCGGAGUCUGGCCUUGGUUAGCUUACUAAUAUAUAAGUUGUUCUUUUGAACUAGAGAAAGAGAGAGAGGGAGAACGGAGAGAUAGAAAGAAGGAAAACUUACGCACGAAUAAUUGUAAAUACAGACAUGUUCUGACAAAAACCGACUUAGAAAAAAAAAAUACUCCAAAACAAAUUAAUAUACACCAAAA